AUGUUUAAAAAUUUAAAAGAAAAAUUAGGAAAUCAAGUUACUAAAACAAAUUCAACUUUGUUGCCGGGCAAUUCAUCAUUGGAUUCAGUCUCUAUAUCAAGAGAUUCUAAUACUCGAACAUCUUCAAUUACUAGUCGAGAUGAUAAUUCUGAAAAUAAUCGUUCUCGAUUAGAUUCAACUUCAAGCGAUAUCAGUCAAUUUAGUGUUGGUCAAAGUCCUAAUGCUAGUAUGACUUAUGUAUCACCACAACGUACUCAUAUGCCACCAUCGGAUAUUGAAUCUGAAUAUGGUGCUGAUGAAAGUGAUCAUGAAAAUAAUACUAAAAUGAUAAAAAUGCAAAAACUUCUUUCUAUUUAUAAAAAUAAAUUUAAUCAAUUAAAAAAUGCUUAUGAUGAAGUUGAACGAGAAAAAGAACAUAUUAAAAAUAUUUUACAAAAGCAUCAAGAUACAUCAAUAAAACGACUUUCAGAAUUACGUGAACAGACUAAACUUGAUCGACAAGCUAAAGAACAACUUGAAUGUUUACAUCAAAAGGAAAUACGAAAACGAGAAAAUAGAAUUGAAGAACUUACAUUAAAACUUACUGCACAACAAGAUCUCAUUCAAUUACCUAAUGAAACAGAUUAUGAAGAAAUGCAAAAACUUCGUGAAAAGAAUUCCAAACUUGAAGGAGUACUUAAUCAUUGUAAUGAUGUUAUAAAAACUCAUCAAGACAAAGAAGCUGAAUUAAUCAAAGAACGUGAUGAAAUUCUUCAAAAAUUAAAUGAAAAACAAUCUUUCAUUGAAUCUAUGAUGAAGGAUCGUCAUUCAGACGAAAUAUUGACAACGUCAAUGGAAGUUCAAGAACAUUUUGAUUCGGAUAUAAGUGUUUUAUUACAAGAUAAACAACGUUUACAAGAAAAAUUAGAAUCAUCACAUCUUUGUGUUCAACAACUUGAAAAUGAACUUGAUUUAAUAAAACGAAAAAUUAAUAUCGAUGAAGAUAUUAAAGAAAAAUAUGAUAAUUUAUUAAUUAAAUUUCAUGAAAAAUCAGAUUAUACUGAACAAUUAAUUAAUGAUAAAACAAAACUUGAAACAACAAAUGAAGAAUUUCAAAAACAAAUUCAAUUAUUGCAACAAGAUAUAACUCAAUAUACAGAUUUAAAUCUUAUUUUAUCUAAUCAACAAAUGAAUAUUUUAUGUUUAACUGAAGAAUUAAAUCAUUUACGAGAAACAAUAAAAAAUAUUGAAAAUAUUCUUCCAUCUAGUGAAUCAAUUGAUUUAUUCGAAAGAAUUCAACAAUUAAUUGAUGAUCGUCAAAAAAUUUCUGAAGAAAUUCAUCAUGAACAACAGCAAAACGAACAACAUUUCAAAACUAUUGAUGAUCUUAAAAAUGAAUAUGAAAAUCAAAUUAGUGAAUUACAACAAACAAAACAACAAGUUUUAGAUAAUGAAGUUAAUCAACUUAAAACUACUCUCACAAAAUUACAACAAGAUUAUGAUGAAUCUUUUAAUAAUAGUGCUCAAUUAAAACAAACACUUGAAAAUCAACGACACGAACAUUUGGAACAUAUUACAAAACUUAUCAAUGAAAAACAAAAUGAGUUUGAUACCAAUAUUCAACAAUUACAAGAAGAAAAUACUUAUCUUAAGUCUCAAAUUCAGGCGAUUGAACAAUUAAAAGAUUCAUCAAUUCAAUCUUUACAAGAUGAACAUCGAAAAUCAAUUGAAAUCCUAAACUCACAAAUCGAACAACAACAAAGUGAAAUUAAUCAACUAAAACUACAAUUAAAUCAAUAUGAAAAUGAUUUCGAAAAUAUUAAAUUAACACAAAAUGAAUUAGCUAAAUUACAAGAAAAAUGUAAUAUUACAACACAACAAUUACAAGAUAAUACACAACAACUUGAAGAAAAACAAAAUGAAAUCAUACAACUUAAUUCUACUAUAAGUGAUAUCAAAACAAUAAACUCGACAAUCAUCCAAGAAAAUGAACAAAUCAAAAAACAAUUUGAAGAUAAACAAAAUGAAAUUAAUCAACUUACUACAACUGUAAACCAGCUACAGGAAACUAAUCUAAAGUUAAAUAGUAAAUGUGAAGAGUAUGAAAAACUAGUUGAUGAAAAACAAAAUCAAAUUGAUCAUCUUACUAUCAUUAUCAAUGAAAUGAAAGAAAAGAAUUCAAAAACAACUGAAGACUUUGAACAAAUUAAAAAACAAUUCGGCGAUAAACAAAAUGAAGUUAAUCAUCUUAUGACUCUUAUCGAUGAAAUAAAAACAACGAAUACCGAACUCAAUAAUAAAUAUAAACAAAUUGAAAACGAACUCGAUGAAAAACAAAAUGAAAUUAAUAAGCUUCAUUCUACAACUAAUGAAUUAAAACAAACUAAUACAACAACUAACGAAGAAUAUGAACAAAUUCAAAAUCAACUUACGGAAAAAGAAAAUCAAAUCAAACGUCUUACUACAAUAAUCGUUGAAUUUUUCGUUUUUAUUUCGUCAUUUAAUACAGUUAACUGA